CUACCCAACGAGCUCAUCCUACUCGUGCUCGACAACCUUUCCGACUCGGCUCUCUCCGUUGUGCGCACAGUUUCUCGUCGCUGGGCAAAUCUCGCCAAUGUUAUCUUGGUCGCUCGCUUCGAAGCAAAGAUUGAGCCUCUUGCCAUCGCCGCCAUCGAUGCCAAACGAACCCUCAUCGAGAGCGAGGUUGGACAGCGACAUGGGUUGGCACACUACAAGGACUUCUUGCGAAGGAUCCCACCUAGCGAUCUGAGCGAAGCUAUCUGGUUCGCCAGCCCUCCCGAAGAGGUCCGAACGAUCUGCGAAUGUCUGCUCCGUCUAAAGGGCAUUUCGAAUGACAGCAGCUCAGGAUCCAGGAAAUCGAGCUCUACACAGAGCGCAGGGCCGCAACCCAUGCCAUGGAAAGUCAUCAAGAAGCAUAUGUCACAAUAUGAUUUCAAGCGAUGGUUCCUGGAUCUCCAAGUGAAUGUGGACUUCAUUCCUCAUCGAAACAUCAAAUUCGUCGAAGAGAUCAUCAUGAUGGCGCCAGACACCAUCAACUACGAUCACGUUCGCUCCGUAUCGCUGGCUGGAUAUCGCUUGUUGAUCUUGGUAGCCGCUUGUCUGCAAUACGGUUGCAUCUCGGAAGACCUCCGCACCAAGAAGAACCGAGUGCUCAAAAUCGAAAAGACCUUGGUCAACGUUCAAAAGUUCAUCGACGCCAUC